AUGUUGGGAGCCGAGGAGAAGCUGCGGCGCAUUGCGCAGGAGGUGAAGAUCAGCAAGGAGGACCUUCGGGAACGAGAGGAGAAGCGAAAACGCCUCGCCGGAAAGCUGGAGGACCACAGCCGGGAGAAGACGGACCUGGAGAUCUCGCUGGACACCAGCCGCAUCGAGGUCGAGCAGACCAAGAGGCAAAUCUCGCACCUGGAGGAGGAGGUCAAAACCUUCGGAUCCUUCCGGGAGUCCCUCAUCGAGGAGCGCCAGCAGCUGAGCUUUGAGGUGGAUUCGGUCAAGGCGCGCCGGGACCAACUGGAGCGGCUCGAGCAGCGCCAGCGCGUUGCGGAUGAGCUCCGGGGUAGAUUCCCUGGAGCUGUGCUGGGCCGCAUCAGUGAGCUGCUGCUGCCCACCCAAAAGCGCUUCGACUUGGCUCUGCAGAUGGCGUUGGGCGCAAUGGCCGAGGCCUUCGUGGUGAAGGACGCCGCGGCGGCGCGGCAGUGCCUGCGCCACUUGAAGGACGGGCGGAUCGCCUCCGAGACCUUUCUGCCGCUGGACCGGCUGCAAGAUCCCCAGGUUGGGGACAUGACGCCGCUGACGCAGCACAAGACGGCCAGGCGACUGGCGUCGCUUUGCGUGCAGCACAACGACAAGUUCCUUCAGCGGCAGGAGUCCUGGCGAGACAACGCCCCCAGCGCCAUCGACAGGACGGUGAGCUUCUUGUUGAAGGGCGUCAUCAUCGCAGACAGCCUGGACGAGGCGAAACAGACCUCUUACGUGGACGCCAAGCGGCACGGCCUUAUGCCCCGAGUGGUGACACUGGACGGAGAGGUCAUCGCGCCCAACGGGAACAUGAGCGUGAAGAGCCAGCACGGCGGGCGGGUGGAGUUCGGGGGCGGGGAGCAACUUCAAGAGCUCCGGGAGAAGGAGCGGAAGUUGGAGCAAGUCGCCCGGGAUCUGGCGACCUUGGAGGAGGAAUCCGCGCGGAAGCAGCAGGAGGUCACAGAUCUGAAGGCCGAGGUUGCCAAGAAGGAGGCGGAGAACGGGGUCUCUGAGCCUCAGCUCAAAGCUCUGCAGGAGGCGCAGGAAGUUCAGGAGGUGGAGCUGGCGAAUCUGUCCAAGCAGAUCGAGGACUUGGGCAGCCGCAUCGACCAGGGCGCUGCUGCCCAACAGAAGCUUCGCACAGAGAUGGACGCACUCGAGGGGGAGCUGCUGAAGGCAGGCCGCGCUCACUUCCAGAAGCUGAACUCGGAGCUGGGUGUGGAGGACAUCCAGGAGGUGAUGUUGAAGGAGGAGCGGCGGAAGCAGCACGUCCAGGCGGAAGUGGAGCAGUACGAGGAUUUCCUGCGGCAAGCACGCGCCCAAGAGACUCGAGCGGAGCAGCGCUUCCGGUCUACCAGGCUCGAGGAGCUGAAACGAGACCUGGAUCAGUACCGACGCGACAUCUCCUUUGCCGAGAACCGACUGCAGGAGCUCGAGUCCUUGCAGCGCAGCGCCGCGGAGAAGGUCCAGGCAUCACAGGAGAGGCUGCAAAAGGUGAAAGAGAACAAGGAGGGCCUUGAGGAGUCCAGCAAAACCGGGCGCGCCGAGAUGCAGCGCCUCAAGGCGCAAUCAGAGGAUGCCAAGAAGGGGCUGAAGCGGCAGAACGACAAGGUGAAGAUCCUCUUCGGCAUCAUUUGCACAAUCUUCCAGGAGUGUCGUGAGCGUCGAGUGGGCUUACCGCUCGCGAGCAGCGACAUCGGGGCCAUGGAGCAGGUCUUGUCCAAGGCGCAGGACGUGGAGGAUAUGGCCCUGAAAGACCUGGAGGCAGCUGUGAGGGAUGUCCAAGUUGACUUUGCCAAGUUGCCAGAGGACAAGAAGGAGCUCGCGGAGCAAAGUCGGGUCUACGACACCAAGACGGUGGAGGCCGAGUACGCGGAGCAGGUGGCGGAGUUAGCCAGGGAGCUUGAGACCUUGAACCCCAACAUGCGCGCCAUGGAAGAGUGCGCGGUGGAAGAGUCUAAGCUCCAGGACAUUAGGCACCAGGCGGACGCCGCCAGCUUGGAGUCCCAGCGGCUCCUGCGGGACUUCGAGGCCAUCAAGGCCGAGCGCGUGGCGAGGUUCAUGAAGUGCUUCAAGCACAUCGAGGAGCGGAUCAACCCCUACUACCGCGAGCUAACUUCGUACGACGGCUACACGGGGGGUUCUGCGUACUUGGACCUCGACGAUGCGGAGGAGCCCUACAACGGUGGCAUCACCUUCACCGCUUGCCCCCCGGGGAAACGGUUCUUCCCCAUGGAGCUUUUGUCGGGCGGUGAGCGCUCGAUGGCUUCCAUGGCGCUGCUCUUCGCGAUGCACUCAUACCAACCGCCUCCCUUCAUGAUCCUGGACGAGGUGGACGCGCCGUUCGACAAGAAGAACACCAACUCGCUCGUGAACUAUCUGAAAAAGAUGAACUUUCAGUGUGUGGUCAUCUCCUUGAAGGACACCUUCUUCUCGCACAGCGAUUCCAUCGUGGGCGUCUUCAAGGACAAGUCGAAGCAGACUUCGGGCAUCCUGAGCCUCCCCCUGGAACGGCUGGGCAAGCUAGCCGAGGAGCCCGAGUCUGAGGCACCGCUGACCGACGGCUUUGCGGAAGCUGGGUGA